AUGCCUCAGGUGUCUCUGCCCCCCCUGUCUGCCCACUCCCUGUAUUUAAGUGCGUCGGCUAAGCUCCGCCCCCUGCUGCCGUCCCUGCCCCCCCCUGUCCGGGACGUGGACGUUCCUCCUCUGUUCCGGGAGCCCUACAUCCUGUCGGGGUACCGGCCGCCGGGCCUGCCGUGGCGCUGCUACCUGCUCAGCCUCUUCCAGCUGCACAACGAGACGCUGAACGUGUGGAGCCACCUGCUGGCCGCCGUGUGCGUGGCGCUUCGCUUCGGGGCCUUCGUCAUCUUCCGUGCAGGGGGUGUGCUGGGAGUCAGCCUGCAGGGUCCAGAGGGGCGGGGCCUCUCGCUGGACGCCGCCUCGCUGCCUCUGCUGCUCUACGUCCUGUCGGCCCUGACCUACCUGAGCUGCAGUGCGGCGGCUCACCUGCUGCAGGCGCACUCAGAGCUCGCUCACUACUCACUCUUCUUCCUGGACUAUGUGGGCGUGGCCAUCUACCAGUACGGCUGCGCGCUGGCGCUCAGCGUCUACAGCGCCGAGCCGGCCUGGACGCUCGCUGUGGGACAGGUGUUCCUGCCGGCGGCGGCCAUCUUGUCCUGGCUGUCCUGUACUUCCUGUUGUGUUGCGAAGCUGUGUUUCCGCCGGCCCUACCCGCUGUGCAGGAAGCUGUGUCAGGUGGUCCCGCUGGGCGUGGCCUACCUGCUGGACGUCAGCCCGCUCGCUCACCGCCUCGCCACCACCGCCUGGACGGGAAGCUCCACCCUGCACGGCCUGCAGGUGGCGCUCUUCCUGCUGGCCGCCUGCUUCUUCUCCUGUCCCGUACCCGAGCGCUGCUCCCCCGGCCGCUACGACGUCAUCGGCCACGCCCACCAGCUGUUCCACCUCCUGCUGGCUCUGUGCACGCUGGCCCAGCAGGAGGCGCUCUUCCACGACUUCCUGUCCCGCCGGCCGGCGCUGCUCCGACGCUUCGGAGAGGAGCGCCUCCUGCUGGCCUGCGCCUCCUUCCCCUGCCUCGCCCUCUGCAGCGCACUGACAGCACUCACCAUGAGGGGGCGCGCUCGAGCACGACUGAAGAAGGAGCAGAGGUAG